CGAAAAUAAAGAAGCGUUUACAUUUAUAUUCAACAAAGAAGUCAUUUCAACCGACAACCUCUGGUGCACUGUGUUUCCAAGAUGAACCGAUACACAACCAUGAGACAGCUGGGGGACGGCACCUACGGGAGCGUGCUGAUGGGCAAGAGUAACGAAUCUGGGGAGCUGGUGGCCAUCAAAAGAAUGAAGAGAAAGUUCUAUUCUUGGGAUGAAUGUAUGAACUUGAGAGAAGUUAAGUCUCUGAAGAAACUCAAUCAUGCCAAUGUGAUUAAACUUAAAGAAGUUAUCAGAGAAAAUGACCAUCUCUAUUUUAUAUUUGAAUAUAUGAAAGAAAACCUCUAUCAAUUAAUGAAAGACAGAAACAAGCUGUUCCCUGAGUCAGUCAUCAGAAAUAUUAUGUAUCAAAUAUUGCAGGGGCUGGCAUUUAUCCAUAAACAUGGUUUUUUUCAUAGGGAUAUGAAACCAGAAAACUUGCUUUGUAUGGGUCCAGAACUUGUGAAAAUUGCUGAUUUUGGACUUGCAAGAGAAUUAAGAUCACAGCCACCAUAUACUGAUUAUGUAUCUACCAGAUGGUAUCGUGCCCCUGAAGUUUUAUUAAGAUCUUCAGUGUACAGCUCUCCCAUUGAUAUAUGGGCUGUUGGGAGUAUAAUGGCUGAACUAUAUACAUUAAGACCACUUUUCCCAGGGACAAGUGAGGUCGAUGAAAUCUUUAAGAUUUGCCAAGUUUUAGGGACUCCCAAAAAAAGUGACUGGCCAGAAGGGUACCAGCUUGCAUCCUCUAUGAACUUCCGUUUUCCCCAGUGUGUUCCUAUAAACCUAAAAACUCUUAUUCCCAAUGCCAGUAAUGAAGCGAUUCAGCUUAUGACUGAAAUGUUGAAUUGGGAUCCGAAGAAGCGACCAACAGCAAGUCAGGCAUUGAAACACUCGUAUUUUCAAGUUGGUCAAGUACUAGGCCCUUCCUCACAUCAUCUGGAAUCGAAACAAUCUUUAAAUAAGCAGGGGCAACCACUAGAAUCAAAGCCAUCUUUAGGGGAUCUAGAAUUGAAGCCCCUGCCAGACAUAAAUGACCAGACGGUCAGACAGCCCCAACCGAAGAACAGCCACCAGCCACUGGAGUCCAUCCAGCCGCCCCAGAACACGAGUGUCCAGCCAGCGCCAAAGCAGCCGGGACAGCAGAAACAGCCGCAAACACUGUUUCCAAGUAUUGUCCGAACCAUGCCGACCAAGCCAAAUGGCACACUGGGUCAUAAAAGUGCUAGGAGGCGUUGGGGUCAGACUGUGUUCAAGUCUGGAGAUAGCUGGGAAGAAUUUGAGGACUGUGAUCUCGGAGCCUCCCAUUCCAAGAAGCCAAGCAUGAACAUAUUCAAAGAAAAGAGGAAAAAAGAUUCUCCAUUUCGGCUUCCAGACUCCAUCCCCUCCAGCUCCCACCACUCCGCAGGGGAAAACAAGAGCUUACCUGCUGCUUUUCCCCUAAAAUCUGAUCCUGAACUGUCAACGGCCUCAACAGCUAAACAGUACUACCUGAGGCAAUCAAGAUACCUUCCAGGUGUAAAUCCCAAGAAUGUGUCCUUGGUAGCCAGUGGAAAGGAUAUAAAACCAUAUACUUGGAGUACUCAGUUAUUUCCUAAGUCAUUGGGACACGUGGGGGCAGAACUUGCUUUCAAAAGGAGUAAUGCAGAGGAAAGCAUAAUUAAACCAAUUGAAAAACUAUCAUGCAAUGAAAGUUUUCCUGAAAAAUUAGAGGACUCACAAGGAAAUCUUGGAAGCUAUGCUACUUACAAUCAGUCAGGAUAUAUUCCUUCCUUUCUCAAAAAAGAAGUGGGCUCAGCUGGCCAGAGGAUACACUUAGCACCUCUCACUGCAACAACAUCAGAAUAUACCUGGAACACAAAACCUGGUCGGGGGCAGUUUUCAGGACGUACUUACAAUCCUACGGCCAAGAAUCUAAAUAUUGUGAACCGUGCACAGCCGGUUCCCUCGGUGCAUGGAAGGACAGACUGGGUGGCCAAGUAUGGCGGCCACCGGUAGGAGUCUCGUGUGAAGCCCCGCAGCACUGCUCCAAGGAGCCCUGCAAGUCCCCUGACCCUAGGAAAUGUCUACAGAUGUCAUGUCUAUUUCUACUGAGUUCUGGAAGGAAUAUGCAGUAGUGGGUACUUUGAAGAGCAAAAACCAUCUCCUAUUUUCUUUCCUAGAAAUGAAAUGCAUAUUCUUAGCAUUGGUUGCCCACAGUGCUCAUAUACGGGUAGGACUUUACAAAGUAUUGAAUAAAGUAUUUGCCAAAGUAUCAAGUAUUUGAUCUACAAAUUAAUAGUUACUAAGUAUGGUAAGAAUCCUUUUUUUUU